CAACAUUGCUGGAGGUAUAUGGCGGAUGACAUACAGCACACACGAAGGCGAAUGUUGCAACAUCCAGAAUUGAUUCUUUCUGAUGACCAGUUGGAGAAAUUUACGUUGGCUGAAAUAGAGAAAUUGUUGCGAGGUCGCGGAAAGAGUUUACGAGAUUACCCUCCGAUGCCAACAGUUAUGUUGGAUUCACUGCUUUCUUCCGAUGACAGGAUGAUAUAUGAAGAGCUAAGCUAUGACCGGAUCGCAAUGGCUGAAGAGCAUACAACAUUGUUCGCCUCCUUGACGGAUGAGCAACUGCGUGUCUAUGAAAUGAUUAUGCAUUCCGUGGAAGGGGAGACAGGAGGUGUUUUCUUUGUAUACGGAUAUGGUGGAUCUGGAAAAACAUUUGUGUGGAAGACCCUUUCUUCCGCCCUUAGGUCUAAGGGUGAGGUCGUCCUCAAUGUUGCAUCGAGUGGGAUUGCUUCCCUACUUCUUCCUGGUGGACGAACUGCACAUUCUCGAUUUGCCAUACCAAUUAGUUUGAAUGAAGAUUCAACGUGCAACAUUAAGCAAGGGAGCCCUCUUGCUAGACUUAUUGUACGAUGCAAACUCAUUAUUUGGGAUGAGGCUCCAAUGCUGCACAAAUUUUGUUUUGAGGCAUUGGACCGCAGCAUGAGGGAUAUUAUGCAGUUUCACAGACAAAACAGUGUAUCUUUGCCUUACGGUGGAAAGACUGUGGUAUUCGG